UUGUUUAAUCAUUUGUUCUUCCACAAUGUCCUGUCAACUUAACGUAUUUGCUGACUUUCAUAACAUUACAUCAGUAAGAAACUUCCUUUUUCCCGAGCUGAGGUCUGAACCACCAGUUUCAAAUGAAGUUUCAGAAAACGAUGGCUGGGAUGAGGACUGGGGAUCAUGGGGAGAGGAAGGAGGGGAGGACCCAGACAUCCCAGACGGCCGUGAACCUGAUGACAAACAUCAGUGGCUGCAGGAGUGUGUGAUCUCCCUGUCUCCCACCAAUGACAUUGUUGCUGUAGCUCACAGUGACAGAUGUGUCCUGCUUUCUCAGAAGUUCAAUAGUGGAGGAGUAAGCUCAGGCAUGGAUACUAAAUACAAAAUAGUCUGGGAAGGAAGUUUACAACAAGAAGAAGGGGAACAGAUUACAGCAAUAAUGUGUCUUCCUCUGGCUUCACAAAAAAGGAGUAUGCAAGGAGGGCCAGAUUGGACCUGUGUUAUUGUUGGGUUCUCUUCUGGCUAUAUCCGAUUCUACACAGAGACGGGAACACUGUUAUUGUCACAGCUUUUACACAGUGAACCAGUUCAAAGGUUAAAGUGCAGAACAUAUGAACCUCCACGAUUCCUCGGUGACAAUGAACAGCACGAAGAGUUGCUUAUUCUGUUUAAGAGAGCUUUGGUAACUAUUGAUGGAUUCAGCUUGUUUCAAUCUCUGCGAGCUUGUAGAAACCAAGUGGCAAGAGCUGCAGCCAGUGGUUCUGAGUCCACACUCCAGCCCCCGCCACUGGCCUACAAAAAGUGGGCCAUACAGGAGCAGGAGAAAGUACUGGACUUAUGUAGUUGUGGAGUAAACACUCCCAAUCCAUUUGACCACAUGCGGACAGCAGCCAUGUUAGGGGGACCCUCAGCCAAUAUCAGACCCACCCCACCAGCUGCGGGGCUCUUUAUUACCUCAGGGGUGGGGCCCUAUGUAGGAUUCUUCUAUGCUGUUGAGGGCAGCAGCCAGCCAAUUCUGUCUGAUGUAGCUUAUGCAGUGGCACACAAACUGAAGUCAGCCAUCAUGUCAGCUGCAAGUGGGUGGCUAGGAUUUGGUAGCAAACACAAGGAAGAAGAGAAGCAGAGGCCUAAGAUAGAGCCAGCUACUCCUAUACCAAUGAGAUUUGGAUUGCCUGACAAGAGAAGGCUGGGAGACAGUAUCUACCUCUCACCUAACAAUAGCUAUGUAGCCACCACAGACAGUUUUGGCCGUGUCAUUCUAGUGGAUGUGGAGCGUGGAACAGCUGUCAGGAUGUGGAAAGGCUACCGUGAUGCUCAGUUAGGAUGGGUGCAGGUAAAAGAAUAUGUUCACCAUGGAGGGGAAGAUGGCAGUAAAGAGAGAAUCGCUCAGUUCUUAAUCAUAUAUGCACCAAGAAGGGGAAUCUUAGAGGCGUGGACUGCUGCCAGUGGUCCUAGAGUGGCGGCGUUCAAUGUCCCCAAACACUGUCGGCUGAUCAGUCCUGGCUAUGGAAUGAUGGGAUUGAAUAAUGUGACGUGUAAAGGGGUCAAGGGCAAGGUGUUCCAGUGUGCUCUCAUUGAGCCAUCAGGCGUGGUCAAGUCAGUUGAUAUUCCAUUCCAUCUAGCUCUCAGUGACAAGAACAGUAAGAGAGCCAGAGACCUCCAUCUGCUGAAGAAACUGAAGCAGCUUCUGAAGGACAGUAAGGAGGAGACAGCUGAGCUGCAGUCGUCUGUUAUACAGCUUCUUCAGGAUACAAGGAUCUCCCACGUCACUCAACAGGGGGUGGAGAGAGUUCUUGCCACAAAGUAUGUGUCCUCACAGUUCAUGCAAGAGGUCCUGAGGUCCUGUUCCUCACACAUAACAAACAGAGGACAAGACAGCCAAGACAUCAAUAGCAAGCUGUUGGUGCGGUUUUGUCAGACUCAUUCCGAUCUCUUACAAAUGUACGACAAGAUCACACAGAAUGGCAAACAGGCAUCGGAGCAAUCCACUAAUAUAGCUGAGAUUCUGGUGGAGAGUUUGCACAUCUCAAACCCAGAGAGUACACAUAUCAUGAAUCAAUUGAGUUCUGACAAGCUUCAGACUGACUCUGAUCCAGUUGCCAAGAAAGUACGAUUUGACAUCACUGAGAUAUUUCAUCCUAGUGACUUUCUGAGCUGUUUCCAGUUCCAGCCAAAUUUAUCUGAAAAUGAGCCUUCAAAACACCGGUCAAUAAAUGUGUCAGACAGCAUCACACAAGAGAAGAGAGUGGGACUUGGCAGAUUCAUAUUCUCUCAAUGCACAAAUCCGGAUGGCUCUUCAGACUCUCUUUCCACUGUGAUACAGAGCUGCAAUAUAUCUCCUAAUCUUUUACUAGACUUGCUGGUACUAUAUUGGUUGUCAGAGGAGGAUAGGACUCUUGAAAUGAUUCCCAAUCUUCAUAGAGUUCUCAAAGUUCUGGUCUCAUUAACAGAUCAGAGUAAUGUGUUGGCAAAGCCUGGGGGGACAGCCAUGUGGUGGAAGAAGAUGCGCUACUCCUGUAGUCACAGCCCACGCAUCCAGCCCGCCUACAUCCUGGCUCUUGUGUGUCGGUCACUGUGUGGGGAAGUUGUCCAAAACCAGUCCAAGGGAAAGGAUCCUGAUGCUGAUACAGAGACUCGAGGAGAAAUGUCUUCACAGGGAGGAGAUGGUCCUCCUCAGGACCUCGAGGACUGGAGUCUGUUAGUCAAACAGCUGGAGGAUGUACUGGCCCUCAAGAACCUGCUGAGAGUUGGCAAGACUAACAACAUUGCUGAGGUGACAGUCUCUAAAAUCCUGGAGGGAGGAAGAGGUUCAAUAUCUGAGGCUGUUGCGUACAUGAUAGCCAGUUUGGAGCUUCACACAGGAGAUCUGUAUGACACCUCUAUGACACACAGCACAGAAAAAAUGGAGCUUGGCACAGAAUCAGCACACUCAACUCAGAGCACAACCAUAAGGAAUUUACAAGGAUAUUUGAUCGAGCUGCAGAAGCGUUUACCACACAGCCUAGAGAAUGAGGUCCUCCUGUGUAACAUCUGCUGGGAGAACGCCAUUAUCUGGUUCAAAGACCUAGAUAAAGUUCAACAUCUGGGAGAUGCUACAGAAUAUUUGAAACUAGUCACUAAUGCAGUGUUAAGACAUGGAGUGGCAUCCAUGCUGUGGCAUCGAUUUGUAAAGAAGAAAUUCCAAGCUUUAGCUCAACUUAUGGAAAAGGUUGGAAAAGUUCCAAAAGAUCGGCUUUCCAGAAAGGAAGUUGGUAUUGGGGAGGCUUACAUGCCCGCUUUUGCUGGAUUCACAGUUGAUCUUAUUCAGAUUCUUAGAGAGGCGAAUUGUGAGGUGAAUGAGAUGCCAGUGUUUAACAUAGAACCAAUCUGGCAGACGGUCAGGGGUCCAUCUUCUCUUGUGGAACAAGCCAUUGAGCAGAAGAUAACUAACUACGGACUGCUGACUCAUCACUAUAACUUAGCAGUCAUCAUGUCCGCUGUGCUUACAUUUAACAUGAAGUCUGCUAAGGUUAUGACACUGUUUGAUGCAAAGGGUAAACAUGCAUUUUUUAAUGAUUUUACCCAGCAUCCUCUGCUUCCUUCACAGAAUGUUGAUUCUGCCCUAACAUCUAGUCGCAAAGAGUUCUUGUCUCGAAUUGUAACUUGUGCUGUAAGCACUCUAGACUCCUCUCAAGGCUCCCCCACACAUCAGGCACACCAAGGUCCCAAAAAGGAUGCUGCUGCCACAAAGUGGCCUGCUCUGGUUCUAGAAUUAGCCAAGGACUUUGGUCUGGACUUGGACUUCUUCAAGCGCCAGCAUGUCAUAGAGCUGUACUCUGGAGGACAUGACAAAAAGGCAGAGGAGGUUCUACUGACAGUGAAUGACCGAGAGUUUAUGGGGUCGCAGCUGCUGCUGGUUGCUGGGAGACGGGUGGCCCACUAUUUGCUGGAGAGUCACAAAAUGGAUGGAGUGAAACUGUUGACCAACGUCUCUCCUGUCCUGUCCAAAUGGCUCCGAUCACUGGAGCCGGGGCAGCUGAGACGACCAGAAGCAGAUGUUCAAUCUAUUGCAAUGCUGAUCCAUCAUGUAGCCAACUAUCUACCAGAGGGGACCCCAGAAUAUGAACUUGCUAUUUCUCUAGUGGAUUUAGUCCAAUCAAUGUCUUAACAGUUGUUAUUGACCAGUAGAUUUUCUUCAAAUCUUGCACUUGUGUGUACAUGUAUUUGUUUUAUACAAUUUUUGUACACUACAUGUAUAGAAGAUUUGAAAAAUCUUUUGUCAUUUUAUUAUCUUCCAUAACUUACAGCCUGAUAUGCACAAAUUAGAAAAUAAAGGGAAUGCAAUGAAUAUUGAAUAGACAUGUAUGUUGUUUGUUUACAUUAAGAAUGUUGUUGACAAGACUACAAACCCAAGAGUUUCAGGUGACUUUAAGAACAUUUAGUGUAGAUUAUUACACCUCUUUCAAAUGGUUUAUAUAAUUUAUGAUGAGCUUUAUGGCCACUUAAACAGUAGGGAUCUACAUUUGAAAUUGUUACUGAUUAAAUUUCAAGUUUUACAUGAUUUUGUAAAGUAAACUUAUGACAAUAAAUUUAAUAAAGUUUA